AUGGAUCCAAACAUCCAGGGGUCUUUCCUGUUUAACAACAGCCUCAACCAAUUCCCCUCAGACAUCAAGGCACCAGUGUGCCAGUACUCAAUGCCCAACUCCUUCUACAAGCUCAGCCCGGGCCUAAACAGCCAGCUGCAGCCAGGGACGCCUCAUGGCAUCAGUGACAUCCUGAGCCGCUCCAUGGUCGGGGUGGGCUCCUCGGGCACCGCCACCCUGCUGCCCGGAUACUCCAGCAUGGGGGGGUUCAGCCCCUCUGUCACCAGCACUUCCAUGUACUACAAUCGAGACUACAAUUCCUCACUGGGCGGCUUCUCCAAACCCGGCGCUGAGUGCCCGAUGAAGAGUCGCAGUGUAAACUGCUGGGCAGAAAGCAGCUGUGAGUGGAGAGGAGGGAGGCAGCAGUGCACCAACAGCAGUGGUCCUCUUGGGGAGAUGUCCAGCAGGAAAAAACACACCAGACCGACAUUUAGUGGACAUCAGAUAUUUGCUCUGGAGAAAACUUUUGAGCAGACAAAGUAUUUGGCAGGGCCAGAGAGAGCGAGACUGGCUUAUUCUCUGGGAAUGACUGAAUCACAAGUCAAGGUUUGGUUUCAGAACCGGCGCACCAAGUGGAGGAAGAAGAGCGCCUCUGAGCCCAGCUCCACACAGACCAACCACUCGGGGCCGGCCGGAGAGGCCUCGGAGAAUGAGGUGGAGGACGAGGAGUACAACAAGCCUCUAGACCCCGACUCUGACGACGAUAAGAUCCGAUUGCUGCUGCGCAAACACCGCAGGGCUUUCUCUGUCCUUCGUCUCGGGCCGCACCACAUCUGAUGCACUUCCUGCAGGCUAUAGGCUACACAGGCACACACGGAGACACACGUACAGGCAUAAAACUCUCUCAGCACAUAUGCAUGCUGUAAUA